UUGAAAAACUUUGUGAAAUAAUGGGGCAAGUCUGGCCCAGGCUCACCAAGUACUACUACAGGUUCAACGCUGAAAAUCGAGCAUUUAGGCAUUUAGAUAAAACCACUAUCAACCCAUCGCCUAAACAUCCCUCGACUACAAAGUAUAUUGACAAUUUAAUGUCAGAUCAAAAAAUCAAGAAAGCUUUGCUAAUGAAGAAUGAACAAUUGGAUGAAAACCUAAAACAAGUCUAUGUCAAGUCUUUUGACCCAGUUGUGCAACCUGCAAACAAAUAUGGCAAGCCCUCGGAGAAGAUGAGAAAGCUACCUGUGAGCAGAUCAUGUAACAGCAACCACAUAUUUAGUUACUUAGAACCCGAUUCUGUGCCUGAAGGGAAACUGUCCCUGAGUCAGGCUAUGAAGAUGAUCACUUCCCACCAAGAAGAUCCGCAUAAAUUCAAUCCGGCUUUUCUGUCUCAACAGUACAACGUACCUAUUAACGAUAUCGAAAAUAUCUUGACCUAUUUCAGCAAUUUUAACGUAUUUAUACCUGAACAGAAGAAAGAGAAAGAAAAAAUGAAUGUUUUCAACAUUGUUAAAAAGACAGUCCUGUCGAUCGAAGAGAAAAAAGAAGAAAAAGUUAAAAAGACAGUCCUGUCGAUCGAAGAGAAAAAAGAAGAAAAACAGAAAUAAAAUAGAUAAAAUGAUAGCUUUAAUUUACAGAACAAAUUUAUGUUGUUUAUUUGUAAAAUAUUUAUUUUGUUGAGUUUUAUAUUUUUAAUGUUGAAAAAAAUAUUGUAAAUAAAAUUACCUAAAACACA